AUGAGCCGCCAGCUGCACCACCGCCCCGCCGGCGAGCGCACAGGCUUCAGCGGCUGCUCGGCCGUCAUCUCGGGACGGGUGAGCACCAGCUCCGCCUCGUUCCGGGCCGGCGUCAAAGGCACCACCGCCUUCGGCUCCAGGAGCCUCUUCAGCCUAGGGGGCGGCCGGCGCCUGGCCUUGUGCGCCGCUGCCGGGCGGGGCGGCGCCUUCGCGCUGGGCCACUGCUCUGGCUCGGGCGGCGGCCGGCUGGGAGGCUUCGUCGGCACCGUCUUCGGCAGCGCCGGGCUGGGACCCGUGUGUCCGUCCGUGUGCCCGCCCGGAGGCAUCCCUCAGGUCACCGUCAACAAAAGCCUCCUGGCUCCCCUCAAUGUGGAGCUGGACCCGGAGAUCCAGAAGGUGCGCUCCCAGGAGCGGGAGCAGAUCAAGGCGCUGAACAACAAAUUCGCCUCCUUCAUCGACAAGGUGCGGUUCCUGGAGCAGCAAAACCAGGUAUUGGAGACCAAGUGGAACCUACUACAGCAGCUGGACCUGAACAAUUGCAGGAAGAACCUAGAGCCCAUUUAUGAGGGCUACAUCAGCAACCUGCGGAAACAGCUGGAGACACAGACAGGUGACAGGGUGCGGCUGGACUCAGAGCUGAGGAACAUGCAGGACUUGGUGGAGGACUACAAGAAGAGGUACGAGGUGGAGAUUAACAGACGCACAGCUGCUGAGAAUGAGUUUGUGGUGCUCAAGAAGGACGUGGACGCCGCCUACAUGAACAAGGUGGAGCUCCAGGCCAAGGUGGACUCCCUGACGGAUGAGAUCAAAUUCUUCAAGUGCCUCUAUGAAGGGGAGAUCACUCAGAUGCAGUCCCACAUCAGCGACACCUCUGUCAUCCUGUCCAUGGACAACAACCGGGACCUGGACCUGGACAGCAUCAUAGAUGAGGUCCGUGCCCAGUACGAGGAGAUCGCUCUGAAGAGCAAGACCGAGGCUGAGGCGCUGUACCAGACCAAGAUCCAAGAGCUGCAGGUCACCGCAGGCCGGCAUGGGGAUGACCUCAAACUCACCAAGGCUGAGAUCUCAGAGCUCAACCGCCUGAUCCAGAGGAUCCGCUCCGAGAUAGGGAAUGUGAAGAAGCAGUGCUCCAACCUGGAGACGUCCAUCGCCGAUGCCGAGCAGCGGGGCGACUGCGCCCUGAAGGACGCCCGGGCCAAGCUGGACGAGCUGGAGGCCGCCCUGCACCAGGCCAAGGAGGAGCUGGCCCGGAUGCUGCGCGAGUACCAGGAGCUCACGAGCACGAAGCUGGCCCUGGACAUGGAGAUCGCCACCUACCGCAAGCUGCUGGAAGGCGAGGAGUGCAGGAUGUCUGGUGAACAUCCGAGUUCUGUGAGCAUCUCUGUCAUCAGCAACACGGGCGCAGGGGCAGGAGGGGCUGGCUUCAGCGUGGGCUUUGGCGCCUCGAGCAGUUACAGCUUCAAGCCAGCGGCCAUGGACGUCAAAACCAAAGGCAGCUGUGGCAACGAGUUCAAGGAUCCCCUGCCUAAGAGCUCAGGCGGCAGCUGUGCGGCCAGGAAGGCCUCGAGGUGA